GCGUCGCGAGGUGCCGCAUCGGCACGCAGAGUGGCAGCAGCUGUGGUACUCCAACUUCGAGGAGUUCCAGCGCCUGACGGAGCCCAGCUUCGACAACAACACCGUCACCAACAUCACCGUGCAGCUGGGCGGCACCGCCUUCCUGCACUGCCGCGUGCGCAACCUGGGCGAACGCACGAUCUCGUGGGUGCGCCGCCGAGACUGGCACAUCCUCACCUCCGGGAUGUUCACCUACACCAACGACGAGCGCUUCCAGGUGCUGCACGCAGAGGGCUCCGACGACUGGACGCUGCAGAUCAAGUAUCCACAGGCACCGGCAUCAUGUCGCACUUCGUCAACCUGCACAUCGUGGUGCCCGAGGCGUUCAUCCUGGGCAACGGCGAACACCACGUCGACGUGGGAAGCGGCAUCAGCCUCACCUGCAUCAUCGAGAAGACUCGAACCUCC